CAAGCGUCUCGUUAUAAUACUUUUCGAUAAAAAUGCUCAAAUUUAACUGCCGAACGGUAAUUUGGACCGGUCUGGCAACAAUGGCUAUUGUGGGUUACUGCAUAUAUUUUGAUCAAAAGCGCAGAAAGGAUCCCCACUACAAACGUCGAAUCUAUGAGCGACGAGAAUUUGAUCGACGAUUAAAGUUACCGCAAAUAGAUGAAAGCAUGUCCCCGGUAAAUGUCGAGGUGGUUGAAUACUUUUUGCAGCGCGUAUAUCUGGGCGAAACAUAUUUUAGGCGGAACGAUUGGAAUCGAGCUGUCCAUAAUUUUGCCAACGCGAUCAUGAUCUGUGCCAAUCCAAGUAUCUUUCUAUACAAGUUGCAUAAGGUGAUGCCCAAAGAAUUCUAUGACCUGAUUAUGGCCAGGGUACAAUUGCUGAUAAAUACCUCUGAUGCUUGGAGUGGAUCAUCGAGUACAAUGAGUGAUGUUUACGAGAAUUAUACCGAAUCGUCAACUGAGGGAACCGACUCACAAUUGCUCGACAACGACAGUUGAAUAACUUUUUGAGAUCUUCUACAAAUUUACAAUAUUUAUAUGUUAAUAAAGUACGUCAGAUUCUAUUAAAUUGACCUCAAA